UGCGAGGUUGCAGGGUUACAGGCUGCAAGGUUAUUUCUGCAUCUUUCGUUUUUGCAAAUUGCCAUAUGUGCAAUUCUCCACAAUACUUGACUUUAAUGGUCCAUUAUUAAUAGAAUACUAUGGAAAUUGGUGCACUUUUGCUAAUGCUCGUGCUGAUGUCACCCACUCUGUCUGGAUACACUCAAGCAAGACCAAAAGUUCAAGUGACUGCAAUGCCUAGUGACCGUGUCUUCAGCGGAGAGACAGUCACUCUCAGAUGUGACAUAGAGGAAGAGGCUGACUGGACAUACAGUUGGUAUAAAGAUGGUUUGAUCACCUCCUGCACAGAGAGAGUCUAUGAAUUCACAUCUUAUGAGUCUGACAGUGGUAAAUACACCUGUAGAGGAGAGAAGAAACAAGACUCGCACAGAUCAGAAAUCAGCGACUCUGUUACACUGACUGUAUCAGAUCUACCCAGAGCAACAAUUACAGCAGAUCCAGACAGGUCUGUGUUCACCGGAGAGACUGUCUCUCUGAAGUGUGCAAUAGAGUCUCAUUACAGUGACUGGAGAUUUCAGUGGUCUAAAUACAGCAGCACAUUUGAUGCAGGCGAGCCAGAGAAAAACACAAGCAGAGAGACUCUCACUAUUGAGAGUGUUUCUAAGUCUGAUCAGGAUAAAUAUCAUUGUUGGGGAGAAAGAGAGAGCAGACCAAUGAAAUCCCAGCAGAGUGUAGCUUUUUCAAUCAAAGUGGAAGACAGCGCCCAAGCAGUUUUGAUGAUUUAUCCUCAGAACUGGCUGACUGAGGGAGACUCAGUAACUCUGACGUGUGAGGUGAGAAGCUCCUCUAGAGGCUGGAUGUUCAGCUGGUACAGAGAUGAUUAUAACCUCCUGUCAGACAGCAGGAGAGGAGCUCAAGGCUCUUACACUAUCAGUCCUGCUGCUGUAAAGCACACAGGAGUUUACAUGUGCCGAGCAGAGAGAGGAGGUUAUUACACAGAGUACAGCCACACGGAGCUUCUCUGGGUCAUCACUCGAUGGCCCCUUGCUUCUCCAAACAUCAAUCCCAGCAGAUCUCAACACUUCCACACUGACUCUCUCUCCCUGAGCUGUGAGGGUCAGAGUAGCUCUGGAUGGAGACUGAGGAGAUACAGUAAGAGGCCUGAAAAUUGUUCAUCAUUUGACUGGGGGUCAGAAACAGGGUCUACGCGUAGAAUCAGCUCUCUUAAGACAUCCGAUACUGGCGUGUACUGGUGUCAGUCUGAGUCUGGAGAGCACAGUCAACCUGUGAACAUCACAGUACAUGAUGGUGAUGUGAUCCUGGAUACUUCUGUUUAUCCUGUAACUGAAGGAGAUUCUAUAACUCUACGCUGCUUACAGCGAAGUACAAAUGCUUCAAACCUCAGAGCAGUUUUCUAUUAUGAUAGAUCUCUCCUUCAGACUCAAACUACAGGACAGAUGAUCAUUCCGACUGUCACAAAAUCACAUGAGGGUUUUUACUACUGUAAACUCCAAGAGGGAGGAAAAUCACCAAAGAGCUGGAUCUCAGUCACAGAGUCACAAUCAGAAUAUCAGAUUUCAGUCUUCAAAAUGAUCAGUAGUGUGCUUGCAGCCUCUCCAUAUUUACUUCUGUCUAUCAUUCUGGGAGUCAAAUGCUACAGAGCUAGAGCUCCAGUCUGUCAUCUGCCUGCAGAGGACUGCAACGGAUUCCUCCUGCAAUGUUCGCUGGUCGUGGAGAUGCAACUGUAUCUGUACCCCAACGACCACGCUGAGGUAGCGUUCAUAAUUUCUCAGUUAAAUGGCAAGGCGCUUCGCUGGGCUGAACCUCUUUGGUCCCAGAAAAAUCCCAUAACCCAGUCUCUCUCCAGUUUCAUCGCUCACUUCAAAGAAGUUUUCGGAAGACCUGCCUGGGAUUCUUCAAUCGGUGAGCAGUUAUAUCAGUUGAAACAAGGAUCAAUGACUGUUAACGAAUAUGCUCUUCAAUUCAGAACCCUCGCUGCCGCUAGCGGAUUGAACGAACAAUCCCUCAUAACCACGUAUCAUCAAGGAUCGGAUCCACGUGUGCGGUUGCAUCUCACUGCAUACGAGGAUUCCAUCGGGCUUGAACGCUUUAUCCAACUCUCCAUUCGCUUCGCCACUCAUAUGCAGUCGUGUCUCAAAGAGCACCAGGGCCAGCCGUUAUUUCCAUCAUCCCUCCGCCGACCAGAAUCCGUCAGCUCCCCAGAACCAGCCAGCGAACCCAUGCAAGUGGAAAAUACUCGUCUGUCUAUGACUGAACGGCAGAGACGGCUGACCCAGAACCUAUGUCUCUAUUGUGGAUUGUCUGGGCAUUACAUCUCUGAAUGCCCCACUCGUCCAGCCUGUCCCUUGGUGAGUGUGAUUAUUCCCUCUAUAAAUAAGAUGAAACCACUCACCACUGUUGUAAGCCUUACUGCUGCCGGUGUAUCUCUUCCAGUCAGUGCCCUCCUUGAUUCUGGGUCAGCCGGCAACUUCAUCUCCGGCGCCCUCUGCCGUCAGCUCAAGCUCAAGACCACAGCAACGCUGUCGACUUACCAGAUCCACUCGGUAACUCGGCCAUGGGACUGUGCCAUUGAUCUGCAUCCGGGUGAGCCAGGAAAGAUAUAUUCACUGUCCAUCCCGGAGGAGAAGGCCAUGGAGGAAUACAUCAAAGAGGCUCUGUCACAAGGUUAUAUCCGCCCAUCUACUUCCCCUGCUGCUUUCCAGCUUCUUCUUCAUGGCAAAAAAGGAUGGAGGCUUGCGGCCCUGCAGUGAUUACAGAGCACUCAACAAGAUUUCUGUGAAGUUCCGUUACUCACUUCCUCUUGUCCCAUCUGCGCUGGAACAUCUCCGAGGUGCCACUGUCUUCACCAAGUUGGACCUCCGCAGAGCGUACAACCUCAUCCGGAUUCAUGAGGGGGACGAGUGGAAGACCGCAUUAGUGACCCCUACUGGCCAUUAUGAAUACCUUGUCAUGCCGUAUGGACUUGUCAACGCCCCCUCCGUAUUCCAGGAUUUCAUCCAUGAGGUGCUCCGGGAGUUCCUCCACAAGUCAGUCCUGGUUUACAUCGAUGACAUCUUGAUCUACUCCCGGAGCAUAGCCGACCAUCGCCACCAUGUUGCGGAGGUCCUGAAACGCCUGAAGGAAUUCCACCUGUUCCUUAAGGCAGAGAAGUGUACUUUCCACCAGCCCUCAGUUCAGUUCCUUGGUUACUACAUUGAUAUCAGUGGCAUCCGGAUGGACGAGAGGAAGGUGGCUGCUAUCAAGGAUUGGCCCAUUCCCAUGACAAUCAAAGAACUCCAGAGAUUCCUAGGAUUCGCAAAUUUCUAUCGAAGAUUCAUUCAAGGUUACAGUAUCAUUUCCACUCCACUCACCAACCUUCUGCGCAGUAAGCCCAAGUCUCUGUCCUGGAACCCAGCCGCAACCCAAGCCUUCGAGACCCUGAAAGAAGCUUUUACCACCGCUCCCCUCCUGGUUCAUCCCGAUCCAGAAAAGCCCUUCGUCGUGGAGGUCGACCCCUCGACCACUGGAGUGGGAGCGGUCUUGUCACAGCAGCAGGGGAACCCAAGUAGACUCCACCCAUGCGCCUUCUUCUCCCGCAAACUCAACCCGGCGGAGAUCAACUAUGACAUCGGCAACAGGGAGCUUCUCGCCAUCAAGCUGGCCCUUGAGGAGUGGAGGCAUUGGCUCGAAGGAGCCAAACACCCGUUUGUUGUUCUAACUGAUCACAAGAACCUGGAAUAUCUUCGAGACGCAAAACGACUAAACCCAUGCCAAGCACGAUUGGCCCUGUUUUUCAUCCGUUUUGAUUUUAUCAUCUCCUAUCGCCCUGGGUCAAAGAAUGUAAAGGCAGAUGCCUUUUCCCGUAUCCACAGUCCCGAAGAAAGCUCUGAAACUCCUGAACCAAUCCUGUCCAGGAAGCUCUUCGUCAAUCCCAUUGUCUGGUCCAAAGAGACCCUGCCCGAGUCCAAUGCCUCCACCAACACUCUGCCGGGUUGCCCACCAGGUUUGCUCUACAUCACCCGGACACAGCGCACUCCCCUCAUCCAGGCAUCUGGCCACCCUGGGGUCAAUGAAACCCUCUCGUUGCUAAAAGAACGCCUCUGGUGGCCGAACAUGGCAUCGGAUGUCAGAAGGUACGUGCAGGGAUGCAAGGAAUGCGCCAUCUUGAAGAGUCCACGACAUCUUCCCUCCGGAAAACUCCAUCCUCUGCCCGUUCCUAACCGACCCUGGUCACACCUAGGAGUAGAUUUUAUCACCAACCUUCCAGCCUCAGAUAAUUGCACCUGCAUUCUGGUGUUUAUUGACAGAUUUUCUAAGUCAUGCCAUCUGAAUGACAGCCGACCCAUACCAACCAGGGCAGAAGGUCUGACACGCCAGGCUCUACCAUCGCCCAACCACAGCGCACGUCAUCACCCGAGUUCUAAUCACGCACACCUGCAGCCUAUCAGCACAGUCAUCAACAGCAGCACAAAAGGCACACGCACUCACACAGUCACUGUCCGGUCUCGUUUGCACAUAGUCUUACCUGUACGCUUACCUCAAGGACUCCUUCCAAGAUACUUACCUGUCUCCAGCGUGUUCCCAAGUCUCCUUCGUUGUUCCUCGUCUUUUGUGAGUUCCUCAGUGUCUCCUCAGCUCCAGUUUGUCAUCUGCCUGCGAUAUCUGCAAGAGAAAAGACAAGUAUCACUCCAGUAUCCAUAUCUGCCACCUGUCUUAUCUGCCAUCACUCACCUGCGCUCCGUUUAUGCUACUGGUUGUUCAAUAAACUAUAUUACCUGCA